AUCUUCAUUCCUUGGGUUAAACUUAUAUCCGUAUAUCUACGCCGUUGUGUUUUAAAGAUGGAUUCUUUUAAAGGCACCUUUAGCUUCAAAGGUAGCUUCGGCCGCAUUAUUUCGGAUGAGUAUGCGGAGAAACUACGUUUAGAAAACCCUGAAAGGUAUGAAAUGUUGGUUAAUUACGCGGAGGAUGAGAUCCGUGCGGAUCAGACAGAGUUUUACUACGUCCGUCGUGGAAUUUGGCCUGGACCUGAUACUUUGGUGGUUCGCGCUGCAGCAGAUCGCAUCCGUAAAGAUUUGGGCCUUCCGCCGAUGCCUCCUAAGCCAGAAUCUCCCCGUACGCGUCGUAGGCGUCGAAUCGAAGAGAACAACCGUAUUCUGGAGGAGGAACGCUGUUGUGUCGAGUGCAAUAAUAACGGCCCAGGCUCUUGUGGCCGUAUCUUGUGGACCAUUGAUGAUGAACCUGUCCCGAAAUUGUGGGGAUCUGGCAACCUAGAUGAUUGGAAAGGCCCGGAUCCAGAUUUCGCUGACUGGUGGAAUGAGAAGGCCCAUAUGCUGGACCCUACUAAGAUUUUGCCAGUAGAGAUGCUCUGGGUAAACGUGAAGCCUCCGAUCCCAGAAUCACCGAAGAAGAAAAAGCGUAAGCACAUCGUUGUGCAGCGUCACUCCUUGCGCGGAAUUCCUUAUAAUUACUGGAAGUGAAGAGGAUCGCCGCCUGUCUGCACUUUUUGAACGGCUUAAGAUUUAAAUGGUACAGGCCUUUUCUCUUUAAAUUCCUGCCGUUCUUUCUCUGCGUGUUUAGUUGAUCUCCGGAUGUGGCAUCUUUGACGUGUAUAAAGGUAGUGAGUCCCAGAGGUUGCCCAUUUCUGCUUUUUCCAUAUCCCAUCCAUACCCCAUUUUCUUACAGUUUUUACCACCCAUUCCCGCUCCAUAAUUUUUGGAUCGGACCCAUUUUCUUCCGCCCCCAUUUCAGCGGCCCAUUUUUUAAAAAUAAAAUUAAAGCGUACAAGCAAAAACCGAGUUGCGGAACACCUUGUUCACAAUCAGCUAUUCAGGCGAAGCGUAAAUUCAGCGCUGUUUUUGCCGAACGUUUUUCGGUCAUACCAUUUAAAAAUUAAUUCAAGGGAUUACAAUUUCGCGCGAAGCGCGAAGCUGUCGAUAGUUUUUGCGAAUUUGGACAACGAAAAUUGUUGUAAAAAUCUAUUAAUUCGUUAUUUUUAUCAUAUUUUCUAAAUUUCCCAUUUCCGCCCCAUUUCUU